AUGAGGCUCCGGCGAGGGCCGCCGUUGGUCAAAAUGGCCCUAGCCGUCUUAGCCGCCGUGCUCGCUUCCAUGGCGCCCGCCGUGCCUCGAGGUCGCUGCGACGACGCUGCGAGGUCCGUGGUGGCCAGAAGCAUCUUCGUCAACCGGAAGGGCGGCGCCGACUUCACGUCCGUCCAGGACGCCGUCGACUCUGUCCCGUUCGGCAACGGCCAGUGGAUCCGAGUUCACGUCGCCGCCGGCGUGUACAAUGAGAAGGUGAUGAUACCGCAGAACAAGAGCUUCAUCCUGCUGGAAGGCGAGGGGUGGCAGCAGACGUCGAUCGAAUGGGCGGACCACGCCGGCGGGGACUCGAGCACCGCCGCCUCGCCGACGUUCGCCGCCUACUCAGCCGACUUCAUGGCCCGUGAUAUCACCUUCAAGAACACGUACAACGGGGCCGGGACGAUGAUCGCGCCGGCGGUGGCGGCGCUGGUGGCGGGCGACUGGUCGUCCUUCUACCGGUGCGGCUUCGUGAGCGUGCAGGACACGCUGAGCGACAUCGAGGGGCGGCACUACUACGAGGGCUGCUACAUCGAGGGCGCCAUGGACUUCAUCUUCGGCAACGGCCAGUCCAUCUUCCAGGGGUGCGAGAUAUGGACGGCCCGGACGCCGGUGUGGCCCGGCUUCAUCACGGCGCAGGGCCGGAUGAGCGAGGCGGGCUCGAGCGGCUUCGUCUUCAAGGGGUGCACGGUGAGGGGCGUCACGCGCACGCCGGCGUACCUGGGACGCGCGUGGCGCCGCUACGCCAGGGUCAUCUUCUUCCAGACGGACAUGUCCGGCGUCGUCGUCAGCCAGGGGUGGGACGCGUGGAACUACAAGGGCACAGAGGGCACGCUGACCAUGGUGGAGGAAGGGUGCACGGGGCAGGGGUCCAACCGGACGGGCCGGGUGCCAUGGACCAAGGACCUGAGCGGCGACGACCUCGCCAAGUUCGUCGACCUCUCCUACGUCUCUGCCGACGGUUGGCUCGACGCGCAGCCACGCUAG